CAUCUUUUCUCAGAGCACACACUCACACACACACACACACUCUCUCUCUCUCUCUCUCUCUCUCACACACACACACACACACACACACACGCUCUCUCAUAAACACACACACAAUCAUGGCUGAUGUUUUAGUCAUUACUUCUUUCAGGACGAUUUGCAGAUGAAGAUGGUGAAGAUGAGUUACAGAAUAUAUCUUUACCUGCUCAACUUCAACUGGUGGAAGAGCUGAAAGGCUGCAGGAGAAGGAGGUGGAAACUGGAGACGGCUGUUCUGAUCUUCAUGCUUACUCUGUUUGUGUUCAUAAUCCUCCAAAAAGACAACAAGAACAACAACACAAAAUCACAAAACACGCUUAGCAAAACAAAAUCUAAUUCAAGACCUCUAGCAUCUCCAGAUGUGCUCCUGAGUUCUACCUACAAAUGUGAGACAAACUUGUCUGCAUCAAACAUCUCCGGCUUUUCCACUUUGCCGAAGCACACCCAAGACUUCCUGUUUUACCGGCAUUGUCGGCAUUUCCCCAUGCUGCUCAACAAUCCCGGGAAGUGCGGUGGUCCUGAGAACUCUGCUGAUGUUUUCCUGCUGCUGGUCAUCAAAAGUUCUCCACCUAACUACGAAAGGCGAGAGGUUCUGCGCAAAACGUGGGCGUCCGAGAGACUUGAGAAUGGUGUCUGGAUCCGCACUGUGUUCUUAUCUGGAACUACAGGACAGAGCUUCGAGAAGGAACGACUGAAUAAACUCUUGGAGAUGGAGAACCGUGAGAACCAGGACAUUAUUCAGUGGGAUUUUGAAGAUUCCUUUUAUAACCUCACACUGAAGCAGGUCUUGUUCCUGGAGUGGAUGGAGAAGUUCUGCCCAGAUGUGCACUUUCUCCUUAAUGGAGAUGAUGAUAUUUUUGCCAACACAGACAACAUGGUGCAGUAUCUCAAAGGGUUAGAUGAUAACGAUGGAAGUAAACACCUGUUUACUGGACACCUGAUCCAGUAUGUGGGGCCGAUCCGAGAACCUGCCAGUAAAUACUACAUCCCUGUCCAGAUCCAGGAAUCAGACAGUUAUCCUCCAUACUGCGGAGGAGGCGGCUUUCUGUUGUCAGGUUUCACUUCUAGAAUCAUCUACAACAUGUCUCACUCCAUCACUCUGCUCCCCAUAGAUGAUGUUUACAUGGGAAUGUGUCUGGAAAAAGCUGGACUUAAACCCGUUUCCCACAUGGGAGUGAAGACAGCUGGACUGUACGUCCCCUCUGACAAGCUGGACUCGUACGAUCCGUGCUACUACCGUGAGGUUCUCCUGGUCCACAGGUUUCUUCCACACCAGAUCUUUAUUAUGUGGCAUGAAAUUCAUCGGGAAGAUUUGGUUUGUGGAAGGAAAGGAUUUUCUGACUUUGUCUCCAAAAAAUUCCGUUAAUUCUCACACUUUCUGUACUGGUUUACUUCAGGCAAAAUUGCACAAUUUCCAAGACAGACACAGUAACAGAUCUCAGCAGUGCAGGGUUGCUGCAAACACAAGCGGAACUGCAGCUCAGAAGAAAAGGAACUUACUGUAGCAGUAGAAACAGUAAAAAUAGAGGUCGGAAAUAACCACUAAAUUUUUAGCGCCAGCUGUUUUUCUAAAAAAACUGAAACACUUCUGUUUAAUCUAUUGCAGCUGUUAACACUCGUUCCAUCGCCAGUCUUAUUAUAUUCUCUUUAUUCAAGUGAAUGAAACACAAAUAAACAGUGAUGUAACAAAAAAGCUGCAAAAGAAAUGGUCCUGCAGAACUGACACUGGAGACUCCUUCCAAAAAAAAAAUAUCGGUUUAUUAAUACUGUAGGGUGCGCUGUUCAAAUCACUGUGUAUAUAAAUGAUAACCUAUUAAACAUAAACUUUCACAAUCAUCAGUUCUGCUGUUCUAGAAAAAAAAAAUCAACCUAUUCUUUUCUUCUGACCAAUCACAAACCAGUACUGAAGAUAUUUUAUAAUUUAUUUGGGGUUACAUUUAUCAAAAACUUAUUAUUAUUAUUAUUAUUAUUAUUAUUAUUAUUAUUAUUAUUAUUGGGGGUUUUUUUGUUGUUUUUUUUUACAUUCCAUGUUCAGUUCUCAGUAGCGGAUCAUAUGUGUGUAGGUGGGAGGUGUGUUAAGGUGUGGCUUUUGUGUAUAGAAAACACAAAAUCUGUGUUUAUACAGUAUGUGUGUGUAUAAAUAUGUCUUGAUAUUCUCAAAACCUAAAUGAAUGGAUGUUCUGAACCUCAACACAAUAAAGAACCCAAUGUUUGGA